AUGCCUGAGCCCAACAAGCUCGCUCAGGAAGAGGAGCUCGCCAUUCUCCGCUCCAUAUUUGGAGACGACUGGAAAGACAUCCCACCCAAGAAGACAGCAUGGGGCACUGAGAGCGAACAAGGGUGGUGGGAGGUUGCGCUUCGCGGAAACGAGGAGCCGCGCGUACGGAUCAGGUUGAAGGGUCGCUUCCCCAAGAACUACCCCGCCACAGCCCCACCAUUACUCUACUUACUUGAACCCAUCAAACUCACCGCCGAACAUGUCCGCAAGCUCCAGCGUGCCCUCGACGAGAAGGCCAAGUCCUUCGUCGGUGGGCCCGCCUACAUAUUUGACCUGACCGACUUCAUCUCUUUGUGGAUGGACAAGAACCACGUCCCGCUGCCCAAGCCAGGCGAGCCAGAACCGACACUGAUGGAGGAGAUGGCUAUCCGAGAAGAAGCGCAGCGUGCUGCCGAGGAGGCACAGAAGCAGUCGGAACGAGAACAUCGGCUGGCAGCAGAAGCAGAACAGAAGCGCGUCCUAAACGAGCGCAUCCAGCUCGACGCGUCGCGCAAAGAAGAACGCGUGCGCCAGGCUCUCAUCGAUCAGAACCGCAGGCAACGGGAAGAGCGCGUGUCGGCCCUGGCGGAUGGAGAGUUUGAGAUGCGCGAGCUCGUUCUCAAAGAGCCAAUCUCCGUCGACGGUUACCAAGGCAAGUGGGCCAAGUGGUCCGUAUUCGCUGGCCGCCGCGAACAACUGUGGACAUCGUACACCGCCGAGCCCGUGUCCGCUGACAAGGACCCCAAUUUCGCCAAAGUGUCCACGCCUACCGUCACUGUCCAGGUUGUCGAUUUCACCAACCGCUACUACAACGGCGCCCACGGCCAGAAACGGAUCGACACGCUCAUCAGCGAGUUAUCUCGUCUCAUGGAAGUGCGCUCACCGCACGUCGCCCGCGUCUUUGCCGUCGAGAAGACCAAGAGCCACAAGGGAUGGGAGCGUCUCAUUGUAGUCGUCGAGCGUGUCCCAGAGGCGGGCCGGUUGCGGACGUGGUUGCCUAAGGAUGGGUUCGGGGAGGACCUGGCGAAGGAGUACAUGAUCCAGAUCCUCGAAGGAUUGUCAGAGUGCCACAAUGCUUACUCCAUGCAGAAGCAACUGGACUGUGAUCUCGUCCUCUUGAGCGCUGGCGACGACGACGACAUUCGCGUCAAGAUCUCCGGGACUGGAUACGCCAAAAGGUGGUCUCCAGACGAGAUCGAUGCGCCUUACACGUAUACGCCCAAGCGGGACAUUUGGCAAGCGGGCCUGGUCCUGCUGCAGAUGCUCUUCGGCCGGAACUGCUUGUGGACAUACCAUGACUUACCAACACUCCUCCAACAUGCACCCGGCGGAGUCUCGACCUCGGUGGCGGAUUUGUUGAAGGGGAUGAUACAACCUGUGACCCGGCGACGGUUUACGGCUGACGAGGCGUUGAAGCGGCUACGUGCAGUCGGGGAGGAGACCACUACCCGUCCACCCCGUUCGCUGCCAAUGAGCCAAACUGCUUCCGGCACCGGGAUCGUGUCCACCGCUUCCAGCUUUCAUCCUGAUUUGUUUAGCAAGUCACCGGGACAAGGCAGUUUCUACUACCCGCCUGUGCCCGCAGGCUCCUUGCGUUAUUCACGCUACCGUCAAGACUUUGAGGAGGUCGAGUUUCUUGGUAAAGGGGGUUUCGGCGAAGUCGUCAAAGCGCGGAACAAGCUGGAUGGCCGUCCCUACGCGAUCAAGAAGGUCAAGCUUAGUCCCGAGGAUGAUGUCCAUCGCGUUCUCCGAGAGGUCAACGCCCUGUCGCGCGUCAGCCAUCAGUACAUCGUACGAUACUACAGCUGUUGGCUUGAAGAUGUUGGGCUAUCAGACGGGCCGGAUGGUGAUGACUCAUCGGCCAUCCAGUCGUCUGUCAACUCGUCCGCCGUCAAUUCGUCCAACGCGUCGUCCGAGAGCGACAUCUUUGCUGUCAAGUUUGACGACUUUGACAAGUCCAUAUCGCGACGAGACCUCUCGAAGAGCGCUUCCUUCCCGCGUAUCCGCUUCGCUGACGACGAUGAUGACGAUGACGAUGAUGACGAGGAGAAUGGUGACGGCGAGAUCAGCGACGAUGACAGCGACAGCGACAGCAGCGGGUGGGCGAGUGAGCACACGGUGGCCGACCCCUCAGCCUCGGUACCCAGGCAGACACGGACGCAGCCGCUUGCUAUCUCCAAGCCCUCGACCAAGUACUCAACUUCGUACACAGGAACCACCGACAAUGACGACUCGGUCCAGAGAAUCCUCUACAUUCAGAUGGAGUUCGUGGAGAAGCAGACUCUCAGAGAGGCGAUCAGCGCUGGCCUCAAUGAGGACGAGUGCUGGCGCCUGCUGGUCCAGAUGCUUCAAGCCCUGGCACACAUGUCGACGUCGGGCAUCGUCCAUCGCGACCUGAAGCCAUCCAACAUUCUUUUAGACGCUAACGGGAAUGUCAAGAUUGCGGAUUUCGGCCUCUCCACGACGGAUCUGCCCGCGGCAGACUUACCUAUUGGCCAGAUGGAGCUGUCCACUGAGGAUGUCGAUCGCACCUCAAACAUCGGCACGAGCUCGUACAUUGCGCCCGAGGCCGACAUGUACUCUCUUGGCGUCAUAUUCUUUGAGAUGUGCUAUGCCUUCAAAACUGGCAUGGAACGCGUUAACGUGCUCGGUGCACUCCGUUCCAAAGACGUGGUCUUCCCAGAUGAGUGGCCUCCCAGCAAGAUGCCCAAGCAGCGCGAGAUCAUCUCGUUGCUGAUGUGCCACGACCCAUCCAUGCGCCCUCAAGCAACGCAGUUGCUUAGCGGUCCGCUAGUGCCCACGAUCAACAUGGGCGAGCAGUUCUACGACAGCGUCAUUGCCGAAAUCACCAACCCGCGCUCAGAGAAAUACCCCGCACUGAUCGAUGCCCUGUUCGAGACGGACGCCAAGUCCAAGUACCACAUGGACAACCGUACCGAGGACUACACGUACGACAACGAGCACGACGAUACCCUCUUCUCGUGGCAGACUGUUGUCAAUGGCCGGAUCAAGAAGUUGUUCCGUCGCCAUGGUGCCAUGGAGGUGUACCUCCCGCUGCUGCUGCCGGAAACGACCCUUCUCAAACCCUAUCCAGAACGCUCCCCAGUGCGACUGCUCGACUCGGGCGGCAGGUUUGUGAGGCUACCGUCGUCCAAUCUCGUUGGCAUGGCUCGUUCCACUUCACGCCAGAGGAUUGAACGUAUCAAGCGCUAUGCCGCCACUCAGCGCUAUACCGAGCUCCCAGCAGGAGGCCAGCCCGGCACGCACACUGAGCUGUGCCACGAGAGCAUUCUCGCCGCGCUGCUCUCUACUUGCCCAUCCCAAAUGCGCUCCAAAGUCCUCAAGGCUUUCAAGGGACCUGCGACUGGUGUCGCGUUUGGUCACUCACGGCCGUCGCUUUCAUCGAUCUCAGGGCUUCCCUCUAACUGCAUUUACGAUAUCGAAAAGGUCAGCCCCGUGGAUGAGUUUGACGCCGUCAAGGAGGUGCUGGAGGAAACGUAUCCGCAGUUGAGGCGCAAGUUUGCCUUCGCUUUUGAAGAGAUUCAGACCACGAUCCGCCUCGCUCGCUCCAGUGGCGUGAAGCGUAAGAUUCUCUUCAGACCCACUCUGUCCAAACACUGCGAGUAUUACCGUGGUGGUAUUAUGUUCGAGUGCGUGCGCAACAGCAAGCACAGUGAGGUCCUUGGGUACGGUGGACGUCAUGACUCGUUGCUCGACCACUUCAAGGACCCAGGAAUCAUCUCCCGGCCGGUGCACGGCGUCAACCUCUCCAUCGCCUCUGACAUGCUUACUCGCAUGGUACGCAAGCAGGAGCUUGCCAACGCCAAAGAUCUGUUGUCCAAGAAGAAGAAUGCAGACGAACGGUCGUUUGGCGUCUGGGCACCGAAUCGCUGCGAUGUUUACGUCUCGUCAACCUCAGCAGUCACCAUCGGCGAGCGCCUCGCGAUGUGCGGACAGCUCUGGCGAGCGGGGAUUAGAGCCGACCUGCAGUACGACGAUGGCCGCACGCUUCAGCAAGUGAUCGAGGAGUGCAUGGACCAGAGUAUCCUCUACGUCGUCAUCAUCCGAGGCCACAGGGACGAAGCCAAAGUGAUCCGUGUCCUGACUGGCAAGAACUCGGAAGAGUCAGUCUCCGAGGAUAAGCUCGUCGGGUGGCUCCGGGCCGCUAUCGACGGCCAGCGCCGCAUCGACCAGGCGUAUGCCGAUGGUACGACUCCGAUAGUCAAGAACCAGGCCAAGGAGGCGCAGGAACAGCAGCUCACAACACGCGUGACCAACGUGGAAAUCAACCUUGUCCUGCCGCCCGAGCCGUUCACCACACGUGGCGUCAAGAACAAGGCUACUCGCAAGUACCGUCACGGCACCAAAUCGGUGUACUAUGAGAAGGCGGACGAAUUCGCGGCUAGCGUCAAGUCUACACUGCCGGUCAUCGGUGUCGACCUUGCUCCCGACUUGCUGUCAACAAUGGCCUUGGAGACAGCGUGGAUCACGGACGACGAGGCGUGGCGCACCCUCACGCAGCCUGCCCUCCCAAACUCGGAGCGCGGGUAUGCCGCAGAGGUGCGCCGUGCCGUUGUCGAACACGCCAAGAGCACGGGUGGCUGCGUUUGGCUGUUCUCUGUGCGCGAUGCGCGGGGGUUCCUCCUGCAGCUCCCGGCUGCGCCCAACCAUCGAUAG